UGAGCAAAAACUGCUCAGUCUGAACACACAGAGAAAGGAUUAGUUCUGGUCAGAACAAUGUCAACAUGCUGUAAAUUCAUGGAUUGUUGCAAACCAGUGCAAAGUAAUGGAUGGCUAUAUCCCACACUACUUCUGUGUGCCUAUGGAUUUUUUACCAUGAUGAGACCAUCGGAGCCUUUCCUUACACCCUAUCUUGUUGGACCUGAUAAAAAUUUAACCAUUGAGCAGGUUACGAAUGAAAUAUUACCAGUAUGGACCUACUCCUACUUGGUAAUUUUGGUUCCCGUCUUCUUGGUCACCGACUACCUCAGAUACAAACCUGUCCUAAUCUUGCAAGGAAUCAGCUUCAUCGUCACGUGGCUGAUGCUCCUGUUUGCGCACGGGGUCCUGGCCAUGCAGUUCUUAGAGUUCACCUACGGCUUUGUGUCUGCCACUGAAAUAGCUUAUUACUCUUAUAUUUACAGUAUUGUUGACUUGAAGCACUACCAAAAGGUGACUAGUUACUGCCGGAGUAUCACAUUGGUCGCAUACACCUUCGGCUCCGUGCUGGGACAAGUCUUGGUCUCUGUAGGCGAUGUAUCUUACUUCAUUCUGAACGUGAUUUCUCUGGUGUCAGUGUCUCUGGGCUUCCUUGCCUCCAUCCCCCUGCCGAUGCCCAAGAGAAGUAUGUUCUUUCACAGGAAAGAAACAGAAGGCGUUCGAGUCGCUCCAUCCACCGAAAGUGUCAAGCCGGCCCCCGGAGAUGCUUUCCCACAAGGUGAUCUGGAUAUCGUGGCCGCCUCGCAAGGUCCGGCUGACGUGCAGAAAGGUGCGCCCAGUCCGGUGAAAGCAGCUGAGCACAAGGGUAUCAUACAGAGCCUCUUCCAGUUGUAUUCUGAUUUCAAGGAAAGCUAUUCCUCUCCAGAAAUCAUCUACUGGUCUGCCUGGUGGGCAUUGGCUACUUGUGGGUAUCUCCAAGUGACGAAUUAUAUCCAGGUGCUGUGGGAUCACAUUGAACCAUCCCGAAACAACUCAGCCUAUAACGGUGGAGUGGAAGCAGUGUCAACCUUUAUGAGUGCUGUUACGUCCUUCGCCGUGGGCUUUGUGAAGGUGGAUUGGCUCGUCUGGGGAGAAUUCGCACUCGGCAUCUUUUCAGUGAUAGAUGCCAGUGCCUUAUAUGUCAUGGAUCGUGCAGACAAUAUCUGGGUUUGUUACGCCGGUUAUGUCGCAUUCAAAGCUUCCUACUUCUUGUUAAUUACCAUAGCUACAUACCAGAUUGCUGCUAACCUAAGCGUGGAGCGCUAUGCACUGUUGUUUGGAGUAAAUACCUUCAUAGCCCUAGUUCUUCAGACCAUCCUGACCAUCGUUGUCGUUGAUGCAAGAGGCCUUAGUUUGGAUAUUAUCACUCAGUUCCUGAUUUAUGGGACUUACUUUGCGGUGAUAGCAGGACUUUUCCUCAUCAGAGGUACUUACACCUUAACUCAAAGUUGGCGGAAAAGAAAUAGACAAGAUGGGCCAGAGGUCACCAAUGGAAAUACUGUACUGUCUGAAAAUGAGAUAUACCAUUCAGAACAAUUUUGAAAAUUUGUAAAUACUGACUUUCACUUGGUCACUCAGUGGGUGGAUAAGGGACCAUUUACUCUGUUCCAUCCAGUGUGGGAAAUCAUUUCCAUGAGAUUGUUUUGCUGCGGUUCACGAUUCCUUUACUGUGUUUUAUUAAUCUUCAAAAAUAGAAAGUGUCGCACAGCAACAGCGAAUGUAUAUGAGGUGGCUUGUGAUCUUCUGCACGCUGAUUCCUGUAACUAGCAAUUAUCCGAGAACAUGCAAAGAGCAAAGGAAGCUCGAUAAAGUACAGUAAUCAAAGUAAGUUUAUUAUCAAAGUCCGUAAAUUGCCAUAUACUACCCUAAGUUUCAUUUUUUUCCGAGCAUUUACAGUAAAAUAGAGAAAUACAAUAGAAUUUACAAAAACUAUGAACAAAUAUUGACAAACAACCAAUGUGCAAAAGAAGACAAUUGUGCAAGUAAAUAAUAUUGAGCAUACGAGUUGUAGAGUCAUUGAAAGUGAGUCUGUAGGUUGUGAAAUUCAAGGUUGUUUAUUGUCAUUCUUCAGUUCAUGAGCGCAAAGGAGAAUGAAAUGAUCAUUUCUCCGGAUGCGAUGCUGCAUAAAAAAACCACAAUAACUAUUAAGAACACAAUAAAAAAUCUAAAAAGCACUUAGUACAUAUAAACACAACGUAUAAGUAACUGUUAUGUGCAUGGACUGUUUGUAUGUACAUAAGAGGAUGCUAGGUGCUUUGUGGUGCUGGGGGGGGGGUGGGUGGGAGGGUUAACAGGUAGAGGUGUUGAUCAGCAUGAUGGCUUGGGGAAAGUUGCUGUUCCUGAGUCUAGUGGUCCUGGCGUAGAUGCUGUGUAGCUGCUUCCCUGAUGGGAGUGGGCAGAUAGAAUUAAGAAACUGCAAGAAUAAGAAGACCCUAAUGGGAGAUAUAUACAAGCCUCCAAACAGGAGCCAGGAUGUGGGCUAUAAAUUACUACGGCAGUCAGAAAAGGCAUGUAAAAUGGGCAAUGUUGUGAUGGUCAUGGAGGAUUUCAAUACACAGGUAGAUUGGGAAAAUUAGGUCAGUGUUAUAUCCCAAGAGAGGGGAUUUGUAGAAUGCUGACAAGAUGAAUUGUAGAGCAGUUUAUGGUUGAGCCCACUCGAGUACAACAAUUCUGGAUUGGGUAAUGACCCAGAUUUGAUUAGGGAGCUUAAGGUAAAGAAACCAUUAGGAGGCAGUGUCAUAAUAUGAUAGAAUUCACCAUGCAUUCUGAGAAGGAGAAGCUAAAAUCGGAUCUAUCAAAGUUCAAAGUUCAAAAUAAAUUUUAUUAUCAAAUUACAUAUAAGUCGCCAUAUACAAUCCUGAGAUUCAUUUUCUUGUAGGCAUAGUCAAUAAUCUAUAGAAUAAUAACCAUGACAGAAUCAAUGAAAGACAGUGAUUUAAGGGGUCAACCAGAUAGCAGAGGACACCAAACUAGGGCACACUCGCAGGGGUGACGGCAGAAAAGCACCGGCUGGUGUUUCUGCGGGGGGGGGGGAAUUGAGAAGGUGUAGGAAAAAUACAUCUUAAAGACGAAGAAGUAUUCUAAAGGGAGAAUGAAGCAAUUGUGGCUGACACAGGAAGUCAAACAGCGUAAAAACAAAAGAGAGGGCAUAUAAUAGAGCAAAAAUUAGUGGGAAGUUAAUUAACCUUUUAAAAAAACAGAAGGCAACUAAAAAAGCCAUAAGGAGAGAAAAGUUAAAGUAGCCUAGAAAAGGUAAGGUAGCUUUCACUAUCAAAAAGUAUAUCAAAAUCUUUUCAGAUAAGUAUAUAAAGAGUAAAAGUGAAACAAGAGGGAUAUUGGACUGCCGGAAAAUGAUGCUAGAGAGACAGGAAUAGGAGGCAAAGAAAUGACAGGUGAAGCUAAUAAGUAUUUUGCGUCAAUUUCCACUAUGGAAAGCACUAGCAGAAUGGCAGAAAUGCUAAAAAGUUUCAUUGUUAUUACUAAGGAUAAGGUGCUUGGGAAGCUGACAGGUAUAACGGUGGAUAAGUUACCUGGACCAGAUGGACUACUGCUCAGAGUUCUGAAAGAGGUAGCUGAAGAGAUUGUAGAGGCAUUAGUAAUGAUCUUUCGAGAAUCACUAGUUUCUGGAAUCAUUCAGAGGAUUGGAAAAUUGAAAAUAUUACUCGACUCUUUAAGAAGAGAGGGAGGUAGAAGAAAGGAAAUUAUAGGCCAGAUAGUCUGACCUCAGAGGUCGAAAAGAUGUUGUAGUCUAUUAUUAAAGGAGGAGGUUUUGGGGUACGAAGGCACGUGAUAAAACAGGCCUAAGUCAGCAUGGUUUUUGGAAUGGGAAAUCUUGCCUGACAAAUCUGAUGGAAUUCUUUGAGGAACAAAGGAGAGUCAGAGGAUGCUAUAUAUUUGGAUUUUCAGAAAGCCUUUGUCAGGGUGCCACACACGAUGCUGCUUAAGAAGAUAAGAGCCCAUGGUACUGCAUGAAAAAUAUUAGCAUGGAUAGAAGACUGGCUGUCAGGAGGCAAAGAGUCAGAAUAAAGGGGACCUUUACUGGUUGACUGCUGGUGACUUGUGGUGUGCCACAGAGGUCUGUGUUGGAAUCAGUGCUUUUCAUGUUAUAUGUCAAUGAUUUGAAUGACUGAGUUGAUGGCUUUGUGGCCAAGUUUGUGAAUGAUAUGAAAAAAGGUGGAGAGGCAGGUUAUGUUGAAGAAGCAGGGUGUCAGCAGAAGUGCUGAGACAUAUUGGGGGAAUGGGCAAAGAAGUGGCAGAUGAAUACAAUGUAGGGAAGUGCAUGGUCAAGCACUUUAGCAGAGGAAUAAAGGUUUGGACAAUUUUGUAAAUGGAGAGAAAAUUCAAAAGUCAGAGGCGCGAAGACACUUGGGAAUCCUCAUGCAGGAUUCCCCGAAAGUUAACUUCCAGGUUGAAUGGGUGCUGAGGAAGGCAAAUACAAUGUUAGCAUUCAUUUUGAGAGGACUAGAAUAUAAAAGCAAGGAUGUAAUGCUAAAGCUUUAUAAGGCAUUUGUCAGACAGCACUUGGAGUAUCGUGAGCAAUUUUGAGCCCUUUAUCUAUGAAAGAACCUCUGGGCGUUGGAGAGGGUUCCAGAGGAGUUUCACAAGAAUUAUCCCAGGAAUGAAGGGGUUAACAGGUGAGGAGCAUUUGAUGGCUUUGGGCCUGUAUUUGCCCAAGAAUGGGCGGGAUCUCAUUUAAAUAUAUCAAAUUUUGAAAGGUCUAGAUGGAGUGGAUGUGGAGAGAAUGCUUCCUAUAGUUGGGGAGUUUAGCACUAGAAGGCAUAGCCUCAGAAUUGAGGGAUGUCCUUUUAGAACAGGGAUGAGGAAAGAUUUCUUUAGCUAGAGGGUGGUGAAUCUGUGGAAUUCAUUGCUACAGACAGCUGUGCAGGCAAGUCAUUGGGUGUUUUUAAGAUGGAGGGUGCUAGGUUCUUGAUUAAUCAGGACAUCAAAGGUCACAGAGAGAAGUCAGGAGAAUGAGGUUGGAGGAAUAAUAAAUCAGCCAUAGUCAUAGUUCCCUGUAUAGAAAUGCUGUCGCUCACAUAGACUUUAUUGCCAAGCAGCUGGAGCUGAACGCAGCCAGAAAAUGUUUAUGAAAUGUGAAAGGUUUUCUUUAUUGUACUGUAUUUCAUUAUACACUUCAAUUAAUAAAUAAAUUCA